CUCACGGCGGCGGUGGUCGGAGGUAGUAGCAGCCCGGCAGGGCGGCGACGGAGGGAAGAUGGCGGUGGUGGCAGCGGCAGCCUGGCUAUGGAGUGGGCUGUGGAGCGAACGCUUCUGGUUUCCGGCCAACGUGACCUGGGCCGAUUUGGAGCGGGAGGGUUCCGACGGCGAGACCGGAUACCGCUCCGGCCACGUUUUGGCCGCUUUCCCUCUGGCGGCCGGUGUCUUCGUCCUACGGCAGCUCUUCGAGAGAUGUAUUGCAAAACCCUGUGCUAUACUUGUUGACAUUCAAGAUGGCGGACCUCGCAGAGUUCAGUACAAUGCAAUUCUAGAAAAGGUGUUUACAUCUAUCACUAAGUCUCCAGAUGCAAGAAGGUUAGAGGGAUUGUCAAAACAACUAGAUUGGGAUGUCCGAAAAAUCCAGCGCUGGUUUCGCCAUCGAAGGAACCAGGAUAAACCAAGCAUCCUCAUGAAGUUCUGUGAGAGCAUGUGGAGGCUUAUAUUUUAUUUAUAUAUAUUUAGCUAUGGACUCAGAUUUCUUUGGUCGACACCCUGGUUUUGGGAUACACGACAAUGCUGGUACAACUAUCCUUUUCAGCCCAUAACAUCUGGCAUUUACCACUAUUAUAUCACAGAGCUGGCCUUUUACUGGUCUCUUAUGUUUUCGCAGUUUACAGACAUUAAGCGAAAGGAUUUUCUGAUCAUGUUAGUACAUCACUUGGCUACAAUAGGACUCAUUACAUUCUCCUACAUGAACAAAAUGGUCCGGGUAGGAACCUUGGUCCUGUGUGUUCAUGAUGCAUCAGAUAUCUUUUUAGAAAUUGCAAAAUUGGCCAACUAUGCCAAAUAUCAACGACUGUGUGAUGCCACCUUUGUACUGUUUUGUGUGAUGUUUAUUGUCACCCGUUUGGGAAUUUAUCCUUUCUGGAUAUUGAAUACAACCCUGUUUGAAAGCUGGGAAAUUAUUGGCCCUUAUCCAUCAUGGUGGUUGUUCAAUGGACUUCUUUUACUUUUACUAGUUCUACAUAUCAGCUGGUCCUAUUUCAUCAUUUGUAUUGCCUGCAAGGCCCUAGCACGAGGAAAGGUGGCGAAAGAUGAGCGCAGUGAUGUGGAAAGUAGCUCUGAAGAGGAAGAUGUAACGUCAAACAAUAGAAAAGGAAUCCGUAGCGCUUCAAGCAAUGAUGCCAAUCGAAUUAAUGGCCACGUAACUAGUGGCCAGUGGGCAGAAGAGGAGUAAGAACAGGGGGCAGGGAGGCCUCUAGAAAAUACAGACUUCUGUUCAAAUGUUUAGAUAUAUGAACUCCACGUUCCCAAGAAAUCUUUAAUCAAGUUGCCCCUUUGGCCCCAAAUCCUCCUUCAGAUCUGAAACUGGCACAGCACAAUUGUUUCGAGUUUCAUUUUUAAAGAAAAUAAGCCAUUUUGUAUUUAAUAGUAACCCAUAUUUGUUGCAGAGAAAGAGAGGUGACUGAGUGUGUGUGUGAGAGAGAGAGAGAAAGAGAAAGAGAGAGAGAGAGAUGGGGUGGCAGAAAGGAGAGGAUCGUGGGGUGUGUGUUUUUAAUUAGCCAAAUUAAAAGCAAAUCAAAAGCUUAAGGGCAAAAAUAUUUGACCUGGGGCUCUGAUUUCAAAAAAGUUCUAACUGCUCUUCAGGAUUUUUUGGGGACAGUAUGGACAAGUCUAAUUUGAGAGGUUCCAUGCUCUUGGCAACAAGGACCAAAGUUGUGUCUUGGGCUGUGUCACAGCUAGACAUAGCAACCUGGUGGUUGUGAUAGAAGCAUACAAACUGAAGGUUAUGCUUAUUUGCGCAUGGCAUCCCAGUCACAAAUAAAUUUUAUACCUGCUUUUUGAGGGGUGGAAAACAAAAGCUGGCACUCGUUUCUCUCUCUCCUUAGCGGAGUAGCAUCUCCAAAGUCUUCAUCGUGAUCCUAAAAUCACCCACUUUUCCUACAAAUUCUGUAGAUUUGAAGCUACAUAGGAAUUACAGAAAAAGGUGGAUAGAUUUGUAUGCUAGGAUAAUAGACAUGGAUGAUCUGGUGUCUGUUGCUGACUUUUCCAGAGGCAAGUUCACAAUUCUAUAUUUUCAGAAGAGAAGCAAGAGUGCUGCACCUGUGUGAGUCUUGUGGUGCAAUACCACUGGGAUGGAGAGAUUUCCACAUGUGGUCUUCGGUUCUCCCCUCCCCCGCCCCCUUUUUACUCAAUGGUACUUCAGGGUAGAUGGAAGACAGCAAAGUGAUGUCAAAACCAAGACUUUGAAAAAUCCCUGAUUUAUUAUCAUUUUAUACUAUUGUUUACUCUGUGAUUAAAAAAAUUGCUUGAAGAAUA